GGUUUCAAACUAUGACAUCUUCUGGUAUACACACAACCUUUUCUUUGUCUUCUAUAUGCUGCUGAUGCUGCAUGUUUCUGGGGGAGUGCUCAAGUACCAGACCAACUUAGAGGAACACCCUCCUGGUUGCUUUAAUCCUAACAAAACACUCCAAGAGAAUAUGACGGUGCCAAAGGCUUUUGAAGAGUCGUUUCCUGACUAUACUACUGAGCCUUUCCCAGAGGACUUAUCAGUACCAGAAAACUUUGUACAAAAUAACUUUAUGAGAAUUUGUUCCGAGGAACCCAAGUUCCAGUCACACUUCCCAGAGACCUGGUUUUGGAUUUCAGGACCUCUGUGCUUGUACUGUGUGGAAAGGCUGUACCGCUACAUCCGCAGCAAUAAACCGGUCACGAUAACUUCAGUGAUAAGCCAUCCCUCCAACGUCCUUGAAGUAAGGAUGGUGAAAGAUGACUUUAAAGCAAGGCCUGGUCAGUAUGUUAUUCUACACUGUCCAAGAGUGUCUGCACUGGAAAGCCAUCCAUUCACGCUUACAAUGUGCCCUACAGAUACCAAAGCAACGUUUGGGGUCCACCUUAAAGUAGUAGGAGACUGGACAG